AUGUCCGGGAAAGAAGAAAAGGGCGGCACACAGGACGCCGCCGAGAGAAUCAAGGCGGCAACACUCUCGGCCGCCAAGGGCCUCAGCCGAUCACAGGCGGAACGUGCCGCCGCCGCCGCCGCCCGAAACGUGAACGCCUACGGGCAGAAAGAAGAAGGGCCAAGCAGAUGGCAAGAAAGGAAAGAAGCAAAGAGACAAAUGUAUCUCAUGAGUACUGAAAAACAAGUAAGACUUGGUGAAAGAAAAGACCUCAAAACCUCAACACCAACUGCUACUAAUUGCCAAAAGUGUUUUCAACCGGGGCAUUGGACUUAUGAAUGCAAAAACGAACGUGUUUACAUUUCCCGACCUUCUAGAACACAACAAUUGAAAAAUCCCAAGUUGAGAAUGCGGGCCCCAGUUUCGUAUGAUUUGGAUAAUCCGGAGGUUGGGAGAGAGGAGAAAGGGGAUGGGAAUGUUAAGAAGAAGAAGAGUAGGGGUGGAGAUAAGAGUAAGAAAAGGAAGCAUGGGUCGAGGUCGGAAUCGGAAUCGGAAUCUGGGAGUGAUAGUGAGGCUUCGGUGUUUAGUGAGUCGGAAUCGGGUACAGGGUCGGGUUCUUCUGAAGGGAGCGAUUCGAGUGAUAGUUCGGAUUCUGAUUCCGGGGAAGAUAGGAGGAGGAGAAGUAAGAAGGACAAGAAGAAGAAAGUGAAAGAGCCGAGGAAAAGGAAACACCGUCGGCAUAGUAGUUCGGAUUCGUCGGAGUCGGAAUCAGAGUCGGAGUCGGAAUCGGAAUCUGAUUCCGAUGAUAGUAGAAGUCGGAGGAAGGGCAAAAGGCAUAGCAGAAAGCAUUGA